AUGGCGCCUAGGAGGAGGCGCGGACAGUUCACCUCGCGCAAGCAGGCAGCUGACAGUGGGGACUUCCCGCUCUCCGAGCACGCGCAGUACCUGCAGCGCGAGUACACGCUGCUCUCGGACAACCUGGUGGCCUGUGAGCAGCAUGUGGAGCAGGUGCUGCAGAACAAUAAGUUCCUGGACCGCGAGGCACGGCGCUUGCGCGAAGAGAACCGGCUUUAUGCCAGUUAUGUGAGCGCGCACGCCCAGCGCUGUGCCAGCUCCAUCGUGCGCCUCGAGGACCAGAACCGCAUGGACCUGGCGCUGAUCCGGUGGCAACGAGCCGAACUGGCGUCUCUUUACCAAGGGCGUGAGGAAGGAGUGCGUGCGCAGCUAGUAGAAAUGCAGAUGCGCGCAGAAAACAUGGCCCAGAAGGUUCAGGAGCUUCAGCCCUACAAGGAGCUGCAGCUGGAGCAGCUGGCGAGAAUCCGGACCCUGGAGCGCGAGCUGCUGCACAUGCGCGUGGAGCACACGCUGCUUCUCAACCGGGCGAAGCGACGUUUCAUGGAAAACAAGACGACUUUCGAGCGUGAGGCCCGCCAGCAAGUGCUGUCCUUGGCGCGACGCGCAGAGCGGACGGCAGCUCGUGCCCUCAUUUCGCACACCCAGGGCAUCAAGUCGGACAAUGGGCGUCUCCGUCAAGAGCUCCUGAGGCUUCUCCUCCGGGCCCAGUUACUGCUGGAGAUGCGGCAGGAGCUGCUAGAGCAGCGGGAGCAGCUGCAGCAGGAACACGUGAACGUGGGGAACAUGCAGCAUCUACACAGCUGGCUGCACAGGGGGCCCGACGGGCCACCGCUCUGGCAGCCGCCCCAAAGCCUCCCAUCCAGCUUGUGCGUCAGCUCGGUUAAAUCUCCUGUGGAGUCGUCCAAUAUCACUUUAAGGGCCCAGCUUCUGUCCCAACCAUUUUUGAUCCCCCCGGCCCAGUCGGUGUCACAACAUGAGCCCAAGACUCUGUGUACAGACUCUUCUUUGGCCCCACCUCAAAAGUCUGUGAUGGCUGUCCCAAGUCCAUCACGUUUGGCAGCUCACGCCCCGUCUCUGACUCCCUUGUCCAGGAGCCCGCGGAUCUCCCCGACCGCGUCAGUCAAAGGCUCCCAGGCCCUGCUGUCGGCUACCUCUUCCGUGCAGCCACGGUCGCGUGAGGAUUCUCGGAUCUCUCCACAGCCCUCUACGUAUGAGCUUUCCCAAAAAACUGUCCCAUCUGCAAAAGUCAGCAACAAGCCUCUCUCAAUUCAGUCCCAAGAUCGGGUCCCUCUCAACCCGCAGAUGGAGGAAACUGCAAACACUGAGAAUGCCACAGAAGCUGUCUUGGGGAAAGCCUGAACCCAUA